AUAUAAACCCUACUAUAAUGAUUCAGUAAUCCAUCAGCCACAGCGGAUCUGAAGAAACCCUAGUUUACAGUGAGCCCCUUUUCCUUUGUAUACAAUGGCGGUUCCUCUAUUGAAAAAGAAGGUAAUCAAGAAAAGGGUGAAGCAAUUCAAGAGGCAUCAGAGUGAUAGGAGAAUCACUGUUAAGACAAACUGGCGUAGACCAAAGGGUAUCGACUCCAGAGUUAGAAGGAAAUUCAAGGGAUGCGUCUUGAUGCCCAAUAUUGGCUAUGGUUCUGACAGGAAGACUCGACACUAUCUUCCCAAUGGCUUUAAGAAGUUUGUCGUGCACAAUGCAAGUGAACUUGAUAUUUUGUUGAUGCACAACAGGACUUACUGCGCAGAGAUUGCUCAUAAUGUAUCCACAAGGAAAAGGAAAGAUAUCGUCGAGAGAGCAUCCCAACUUGAUGUUGUAGUAACUAACAAGCUUGCUAGGUUGCGUAGCCAGGAGGAUGAAUGAGCUUUUUGGUUACAAGUUAGCGUUAACAGAUAUUUGAUGUGCAAUCAUACGUUUGUGGAAGUAGUACUUAGUUUUUAUGUACUGUAUAAUUUUAUUAGGUGUUGGUCACACCCAUACCUUGAGAAUAUAUUUAGGAAAAAAAUAUGUUUUUCCA